AUGUCGACAAUAGUGUUUAUGAGCUGUCAUGAUGAAAUCCGCAUUGGAAAGGGACUUGACAGCGGAUGCCUAAGCUAUCAGCCUCUGGAGGACCAGCCCUGCCAGUGUCUGCUUGAGCUCACAAAGUGCCUGGCCAGUGGGUCCCUGCUGAGCAAGGCGCUGGAGAGGAAGGCUCUCCCAACAGCACGCAAAGGUGAAAAGGAAGCCACGCUGUCGCAUUCAGAAUGCAGUCUAACAGGUUCCAGUCCAGCAGCUAAAGCGAGGGCGAGCAGCAGAGAAUAUCCUGACUGUGGGAAAGGUUUCAUCCAGUUAGGCCAUUUUAAAAUACACAAGCAAGUUUACACAGGAGAGAAACCAUAUUGCUGCUCUGACUGUGGGAAGUGUUUCUGUAGGAAAGGCCACCUUGAAAGACACCAGCGAAUUCACACAGGAGAGAAACCGUAUCGCUGCUCUGACUGUGGGAAGAGUUUCAUUGAUUCAGGCACUCUGAAAAACCACCAGCGAAUUCACACAGGAGAGAAACCAUGUCGCUGCACUAACUGUGGGAAAAGGUUCAGUAGGAAAGGCUACCUUGAAAUACACCAGCUAAUUCACACAGGAGAGAAACCAUAUCACUGCUCUGAAUGUGGAAAGAGCUUCAGUAGGAUAGAAAACUGUGAAAGACACCAGAGAAUUCACACAGGAGAGAAACCGUAUUGGUGCUCUGACUGUGGGCAGAGUUUCAGUCAGUCAGGCACUCUGAAAAAACACCAACGAAUUCAUACAGGAGAAAAAACAUAUUGCUGCUCUGAAUGUGGUAAGAGUUUCAGUCGGUCAUACAGCCUUGUUUUACACCAGCGAAUUCACACAGGAGAGAAACCGUAUUGCUGCUCUGAAUGUGGAAAGAGAUUCAGUCACUCAAACAGCCUUGUUUUACACCAUCGAAUUCACACAGGAGAGAAACCGUAUUGCUGCUCUGAAUGUGGAAAGAGUUUCAGUCGGUCAAACAGCCUUGUUUUACACCAGCGAAUUCACACAGGAGAGAAACCGUAUUGCUGCUCUGAAUGUGGAAAGAGCUUCAGCCACUCAAACAGCCUUGUUUUACACCAGCGAAUUCAUCGAGGAGAGAAACCGUAUUGCUGAUCUG